AACCAGAGAUCUGUCAAACGCGUCGUCCCAAAAACUUGCUUGUAAUCAUUUCGGAAGGUUUUUGUGUUGCUGGCUGCAAAUUAGUGAUUUUUUUCGAAUUUUGCGGUGUAAUUUAAAUCCCGAUUCUCCUAAACUAGCAACGCAUCAAAAUGCCGGACCAUUUGGGAGAUGAUAUGCGUAAGGUGAAGAUCGAUAACAAAGAGGCUGAGCCGGAAAUCGAAGCCCUCGAUGAAGUGGAUAUUGAGCUUCUGAAAACUUAUGGUCAAGGCCAGUACCACAAGUCGAUCAAACAGAUCGAGGACGACAUCCAAAAGUCCAUCAAACAGGUCAACGAGCUGACGGGCAUUAAGGAAAGCGAUACAGGUUUGGCGCCACCGGCUCUGUGGGAUUUGGCGGCCGAUAAGCAGAUCUUGCAGAAUGAACAACCUUUACAGGUUGCUCGUUGCACGAAAAUCAUCAACGCGGACUCGGAUGACCCGAAGUACAUCAUUAAUGUGAAACAGUUUGCCAAGUUUGUGGUUGACUUGGCAGAUUCGGUGGCCCCUACCGAUAUCGAGGAAGGAAUGCGUGUUGGAGUUGACCGUAACAAGUACCAGAUUCAUAUUCCUCUGCCGCCGAAGAUUGAUCCCACGGUGACGAUGAUGCAGGUGGAAGAGAAACCCGAUGUGACCUACAGCGAUGUGGGCGGAUGUAAGGAACAGAUCGAGAAGCUCCGAGAAGUCGUAGAAACCCCUCUGCUGCAUCCGGAGAAAUUCGUGAACCUGGGAAUUGAACCGCCGAAAGGAGUGUUGCUGUUUGGGCCUCCCGGAACUGGCAAGACCCUGUGUGCCCGUGCGGUUGCUAAUCGUACCGAUGCUUGCUUCAUUCGUGUGAUCGGUUCAGAACUGGUGCAGAAAUACGUCGGAGAGGGAGCUCGUAUGGUGAGAGAGCUGUUCGAAAUGGCCCGCUCCAAAAAGGCCUGUUUGAUCUUCUUCGAUGAAAUCGACGCCAUUGGAGGUGCUCGAUUCGAUGACGGUGCCGGAGGAGAUAAUGAAGUUCAGCGUACCAUGUUGGAGUUGAUUAACCAGCUGGAUGGAUUCGAUCCACGUGGAAACAUCAAGGUUCUGAUGGCUACUAAUCGUCCCGAUACGUUGGACCCUGCCUUGAUGCGUCCUGGUCGUUUGGAUCGUAAAGUAGAGUUUGGUUUGCCUGAUUUGGAAGGUAGAACGCACAUCUUCAAGAUCCAUGCCCGAUCGAUGUCCGUCGAGAGGGACAUCCGUUUCGAACUGUUGGCGCGUUUGUGUCCGAACUCUACGGGCGCUGAAAUCCGGUCCGUUUGCACCGAGGCAGGUAUGUUUGCAAUUCGCGCGAGACGUAAGGUGGCCACCGAGAAGGAUUUCCUUGAAGCCGUGAACAAAGUCAUCAAGAGUUACGCCAAGUUCAGCGCCACUCCAAGAUAUAUGACUUACAAUUAAGGUAGUUUUUUUGUAUGAGUAUCUUUUCUCAAUCGUAAUAAUGAAAAUUAAUGUUCUCUUGAA